CUACAUGCAAAUCCUCUGGGGUGUCUGGCCCUAUAUAUAUAUAUAAAGCAUGCGGCUGUGUAAUUUUCAGAGGGAAACUGUGCCUUUAAUUUAACCGGCUGCCUGUGUCUCCAAGGCAUCCCAUUACAGUGGGAACGCGGUAAGAAAGACCUCGGUUACAGAAACCGACCGAAGGCUGGGGAGCUUUCGCUGCCGUUUCUGUGGCUCUCAAACUUGCUUGCUUGCUCGUCUGCAUGAUGGGACAACUCGGCUGACUUCGGGACCGACCAAGGAACCAUAACAUCCCGUGAAGAUCUGACCCAAAGGAGAAGAAGAAGAAAGAACAAAUAUCUCAAAAGGACCAGAAGCAGAGGCAGUCCUGAACCUCUCUGUUGCAACCGAGCGGAGUAUCUUCUUUGCAACAUAAAACAGCCUUUUGACUACAAAGAGUCCUCCGGAGGAACUGAGGAUGGCCCUCUCCGCGUGGGUCGUGGCCUCAGUGGCCAUCUUUCUGUUCCAUCAAGAUGCUAGUGGUGGACUCAUCAAGAGAAUUAUUCGGCAGAAGAGGGAAACGGGAAUUAACGUGACGCUGCCGGAGGAUAACCAACCCGUGGUCUUCAACCACGUCUACAAUAUCAAUGUCCCUGUGGGGUCCCUUUGCUCUGUGGACUUGGAUACUCCCAGUGGAGACUCAGAAUUCAAACUUCCAUCCGAGCCAGGCAAACAUUACCAGGAGCACACACUGAAUGAAGACAAUCAGAUUGUGUUCACGCACCGAAUCAACAUCCCGCGACGGGCUUGCGGCUGUGUGGCGGCCCCUGAUAUCAAGGAGCUACUAAGCCGACUGGAAGAAUUGGAAGAGCUGGUAUCUUCUCUGCAGGAACAGUGUGGCAGUGGGUCAACGUGCUGUUCCAGUGCUCAAACGGCGAAAGGUACCAUCGAUGCUACUCCCUACUGCAGUGGCCGUGGAAACUACAGCAAUGACAUUUGUGGUUGCAUCUGCGAACAGGGAUGGAAAGGACCAAAUUGCUCAGAACCAGAAUGCCCACAGAACUGCAACGAAAGGGGCCAGUGUAUCAAUGGCCAAUGUAUUUGUGAUUAUGGUUACACAGGCUACGAUUGUGGAGAGCUGGCCUGUCCUGGGGACUGUAACGAUCAAGGCAAAUGCGUGGAUGGGAAAUGUGUGUGCUUUGAUGGUUACGCUGGGGAUGACUGCAGCCUCGAGGUCUGCUUAUUGCCCUGCAGUGAGUAUGGCAGUUGUGUGAAUGGGCAAUGCAUCUGCAUGGAAGGUUUCACUGGGGUGGACUGCAGCCAGCCCCUUUGCCUUAACAACUGCAAUAAUCGGGGGCGCUGUGUGGAAGAAGAGUGUGUGUGUGAUGAAGGAUACACGGGAGAGGACUGCAGCGAGCUCAUUUGCCCCAACGAUUGCUAUGACCGGGGUCGUUGCAUCAACGGCACCUGCUACUGCGAACCUGGGUUCACUGGUGAGGACUGUGGGGACCUGGCCUGUCCAAAUGACUGUCACCGUAACGGUCACUGUGAGAAUGGGGUGUGCGUGUGCGAUGAAGGGUUCAUUGGAGAUGAUUGUUCUCUGCAGAGGUGUCCCAACGACUGUCACAAACAGGGACGCUGCAUCGACGGGCAAUGUGUGUGCAAUGAAGGCUUCUUGGGACCAGACUGUGGGGAGGUGAGGUGUCUCAAUGACUGCCACAAUCGGGGGCAGUGCGUGAAUGGCCAGUGUGUGUGUGAUGAAGCCUUCAUGGGGGAGGAUUGUAGUGAACUAAGAUGCCCCAAGGAUUGCAACAACCAUGGCCAGUGUGUUGGCGGGAAAUGUCAGUGUGAUGAGGAUUAUAUGGGGGAGGAUUGUGGGGAUCUGAGAUGCCUCCAUGACUGCCACUACCGUGGCCAGUGUGUCAAAGGGCAGUGUGUGUGCGAUGAAGGCUUUGUGGGUGAGGAUUGCAGCCAGCGCAGGUGUCCCAACGAUUGCCACAAGCGGGGGAAAUGUGUGGAUGGCCGGUGUGUAUGUGAAGAAGCUUUCACUGGGCUUGAUUGCAAUGAACUGCGGUGCCCCAAUGACUGCAACGACCGCGGGCGCUGCGUUGAUGGGCAAUGCAUAUGUGACAAAGGGUACACCGCUGAAGACUGCUCAGAACUGACCUGUCCCCAGGACUGCAACCGUCGCGGACGCUGUGUCAACGGGGUAUGUGAAUGCAACGAAGGCUUCCUUGGGGAGGAUUGUGGGGAGCUAGCUUGCAUCAACAACUGCAACAACCGAGGCCGUUGUCUGAAUGGACAGUGUGUCUGCGACGAGGGCUUCACUGGCGUAGACUGUGGUCAACGGAAAUGCCCCGACGACUGCAACAACAGAGGGCAGUGCAUUGAUGGUGUGUGUCUGUGUGAUGAAGGAUACAAAGGCCCUGCUUGUGCUGAACAGUCCUGCCCCAACAAUUGCAAUGAUCUUGGUCAUUGUGUAGCCGGGCGAUGUGUCUGCGAAGAAGGCUUCAUAGGUGCCGACUGUUCAGAUGUAUCUCCUCCAAAGGAUUUGACGGUUACCGAAGUGACAGAUAAGACCAUUAACUUGGAAUGGGCGAAUGAAAAUGUCGUCAAUGAAUAUCUCAUCAGCUACAUUCCGACCGGCACCGAUGGCUUAGAACUUCAGUUCCGUGUACCUGGAAACAAAACAUCAGCCACCAUCCGGGAGCUGGAACCUGGUGUGGAAUACUUCAUCCGUGUUUUUGCCAUCCUAAGGAACAAAAAAAGCAUCCCAAUUAAUGCCCGGAUUGCUACUUACUUGCCUGCCCCCGAUGGCUUGAAGUUCAAAUCAGUGAAAGAAACUUCUGUGGAUGUUGAAUGGGAUGCCUUUAAUUUCCCUUUCCAUGGCUGGGAGAUCAUCUUUAGAAGCAUGAAAGAGGAAGAGAACGGGGCCAUCCGAAGCAGUCUGAAGAGCCCUCAGACAACCUACCUACAACAAGGUCUUGCACCAGGACAACAGUACAAUGUGUCUCUGGUUGUCGUGAAAAAUGAGAUCAGAGGACCUGCUGUGUCAAAAAUCGUGACCACAAAACUGGAUGCCCCCAGCCAGAUUGAAGCGAAGGAUGUUACAGACACUACCGUCCUCAUAACGUGGUUCAGACCCUUAGCUGAGCUUGACGGGCUGGAGCUGACCUACGGCCCCAAGGAUACUCCAGGAGACCGCACUUCCAUUGACCUCUCCGAAGAUGAAAUCCAGUAUUCCAUUGGAAAUCUAAAGCCACACGUGGAAUAUGAAGUGACCCUCGUGUCUCGGCGUGGACUUAUGACGAGUGACCCCAUCACUGAAACUUUUGUCACAGAUCUGGAUGCUCCCCAAAAUCUGAGGCGCAUUUCUCAGACGGACCGCACAAUCACUCUGGAGUGGAAAAACAGCCAAGCGAUGCCAGAUGUCUACAGGAUCAAAUACGCCCCUCUCUCUGGUGGAGAUCACGCUGAGGUCACCGUGCCCAGAAGCACCCAGGCCACCUCCAAAGUUACACUCUCCGGCCUGAGACCGGGCACAGAAUAUGGGAUUGGAGUAACUUCGGUGAAAGAGGACAAAGAGAGUUUUCCUUCCACCAUCAAUGCUGGAACUGAUCUGGAUAGUCCCAAGGACUUAGAAAUCAUUGACCCUACCGAAACGGCUUUUACUUUACGUUGGAAGAGACCCUUGGCCAAAAUUGACCGCUACCACCUUACUUACGUCACCCCACUUGGGAAGAAGAGUGAAAUUGAGAUUCCAGCCGAUAGCACAUCCCACAUCCUCCGGUCACUUGAUGCUGGGACGGAAUACACCAUUAUCCUCGUGGCUGAAAAAGGCAGGCUCAAGAGUAAGCCUUCCACGGUUACCGGUUCUACAGAAGACGAACCUGAGCUGGGCAAUUUAUCAAUUGCAAAAGUGUACUGGGAUGGAUUCUACCUCACCUGGACAGCAGCCGAUGGGGCCUAUGAGAGUUUUGUCAUACAGGUGCGGGAGUCCAACCAACCAGAAGAUACAAGGACUCUCACUCUUCCGGGCACACAACGGUCCAUAAAUCUCUCCGGAUUGUCACCAAGUACUCUUUACACAAUCACCAUCUAUGGAAUAACUCAGGGCUACCAAACAAAACCCAUCUUUGUUGAAUCUACCACAGGGGCGAAACCCGAAGUUGGAAACUUGACCGUUCGGGCUGUGACCCCAGAAAGCUUCAACCUCUCGUGGACGACCGCCAAAGGAGAUUUUGAGAUCUUUACCCUUGAAAUCAUUGAUUCUAACAGGUUGCUUGAACCCAUGGAAUACAACAUUUCGGGCAGUUUAAGGACUGCCCAUAUCUCAGGGCUUCCCCCUCAAACCAGUUUCAUUGUCUACCUCUACGGAAUCACCCGUGGUCUCCGCACUCAGGCAUUAAGCAUAACUGCCGUAACAGAACUCAAGCUACAGUUGGGCACAUUCACACUCACAAAUGCUCGUUUGAGCGAGUUCUCCUGGACUACAAGAAAGGAAGCUUUUGCACACUUGACAGUCAACGUUAGAGGUCUCCGCCGAUCUCAGGCGCCUCUGAAGUUGGCAAUCUCAGAAGAGGUUCACGACACCUUCAUCUCAGAAGCAUUGCCCUCACUGGAAAACCUCACGGUUUCCCGGAUUAAUCCGUACGGGUUUACGGUAUCCUGGAUGGCAUCAGAAGAUGCCUUUGAAAGCUUUCUGGUCAUCGUGGUGGAUUCUGGCAAGCUGCUAGAUCCCCAAGAAUUCCUUCUUCCUGGAAGCCAGCGCCAAUUAACCCUUAAAGGGCUCAUAACAGGCAUUGGGUAUGAAGUCCUUCUUUACGGCUUGAUCCAUGGCCGCCAAACAAGACCCUUAAGCAUUGUUGCCUUAACAGAAGCUGAACCGGAAGUAGAUCACCUUUUGGUAUCGGACGCUACCCCCAAUGGUUUCCGUCUGUCUUGGACAGCGGACGAAGGAGCCUUUGACAGUUUUGUCCUUAAAAUCAGGGAUUCCAACAGGCUUUUAGAUCCUCUGGAGUUGAUCGUGCCAGGUCAUCAACGAACUCAGGACAUCCAAGGGCUGAAAGAAGGGACCGAAUAUUAUGUAGAUCUCUACGGAGUUACCAGCGGACGGCGUUCACAGCCUGUAAAUGCGAUUGCUAUGACAGCAGUGGGAUCCCCGAAGGAAAUCUCUUUCUCAGAAAUAACAGAAAGUUCAGCUGUGGUUAGUUGGAAGCCUCCCUUGACACGGGUCGACAGUUUCCGGAUUUCCUAUGUUCCAGAACCUGGAGAUGAUCUCAAAUCUCUGACUGUGGAUGGAAACCGGAGUAGAAUCAAGCUAGUAGACCUGAUCCCUGGCGUAAAAUAUAUCGUCAAUGUUGUGGCUAUCAAAGGAUUUGAAGAAAGUGACCCUGUCUCUGGCUUUCUGCUUACAGAAUUGGAUAGUCCGUCUGGACUGAGGGUGGUAAACAUCACGGACUCCAAAGCUUUAGCUGUUUGGCAACCAGCCCUCGCCGCAGUAGACGAAUACCUGGUUUCCUAUAUUGCAGAAGGAGAGACAGAAGUGACUCAGAGGGUUUCUGGCAACACCAUGGAAUAUGAUCUCGUUGGCCUUCGGCCAGCUACUGAAUACACCCUCACAAUUCAAGCCAUCAAAGGCCCUCAGAGAAGCAGGAUCCUCUCUACCAAAUUCAUCACAGGUCCUGAUGCUCCCAGAUCUCUGACUGCUGCUGAUGUCCAGUUUGAAACAGCCCUGCUCACUUGGAAGCCACCCCAGGGCUCUAUCACAGGCUACCUCCUGAUCUAUGAAUCCGCUGAUGGCAAAAUCAAGGAAGUGGUCCUGGGGCCCGAAUCUACUUCUUACACCUUGGUGGACUUGAGUUCCUCCACGUUGUACACAGCAAAGCUGCAGGCCCUGCUCCACACCUUAAAAAGCAACUUCAUCCAAACUACGUUCACCACAACUGGGCUUCUCUACCCUUACCCCAAAGAUUGCUCCCAAACUCUGCUGAAUGGGGAAAUCGCUUCUGGACUGUACACCAUCUAUCUCUACGGCAAUCAGUCACAGCCUGUUGAAGUCUACUGCGACAUGAGUUCUGACGGAGGCGGAUGGAUUGUCUUUUUGAGAAGGCAGAAUGGCGAAGUUAACUUCUACCAGAAUUGGAGGACUUACGAGAGUGGCUUCGGAGACCCCAACAAUGAAUUCUGGCUAGGACUGGAGAAACUUCACAAAAUCACUUCCCAAGGCCCGUAUGAGCUGAGGGUGGACCUGCGCGAUCGCGGAGAGACUGCGUACGCUCUCUACAACAAGUUCAGCGUGGGGGAUGCCAGGACACGCUAUCGGUUAAAAGUAGAUGGCUACAGUGGUAAUGCAGGUGAAUCCAUGAGUUACCACAACGGACGCGCGUUCUCCACCUUUGACAAGGACAAUGACUCCGCCAUCACAAAUUGUGCCUUAUCCUACAAAGGGGCGUUCUGGUACAGAAACUGCCACCGAGUCAACCUUAUGGGUCGGUACGGAGACAACAGUCACAGCCAGGGAAUCAACUGGUUUCAUUGGAAAGGCCACGAGCAUUCCAUUCCGUUUGCGGAGAUGAAGCUACGGCCUUCCAACUUUAGGAAUUUGGAAGGAAGGCAGAAGAGAGCAUAAAGGAUCUCUCUUUUUUUUUUUCCCUCUUUUUUUUUUUUGGCUUUGACCGAGAAAAACAGAACAAAAGAGUGGGAAAUAAUAAUAAUAAUAAAAAAAGAGCUUUUCUUCCCACUCACCCCAAGAAAAAUUGAGAAGAGAGAGAGAGAGAAAUUGGCAACAAAGUUGGGAAAAUGUACCAAAGCAUCUGGGUUGUGUGAGAGUCCAAAUUGGCUCUUUUUGACCGGUUUCUAUUUUUAUUUCUUUUUUUUUUUGUGGGGAGGGCUGGGGCUGGGAAAGCCUUAUUCAAAACGUAGCAUGCUCAGUGGAGCAUUUUUUUUCUUUUUUGCGUUGUCCAUAGAUGGCUUUCUUUGCACCAAAGAAGAUAAUCUUGGAACGGGGGAGGGAAGGAACAUAUUUCUAUACAGUUUUUUUUUUUUCUCCUCUCGCUCUCAAGACGGCUUUUGUUGACUUGAAACUUUUUCUGGGUGGCUCAGAGAAACAGGAGCUGAGGCUGCAGAAUGGGAGGACUCCUCUCUUUUUUGUUUCUCUCUCCUCGCUUAACAAACCAGCCAGAACAAACGACAAAAUUUUUUUUAAAAAAAAUGUGUGUUUGCGUCCAUUCCAAACUAGUAGUUCACACUCCGGAAUCUCUCUUCGUCUCCAUCCCUUUUAUCCGUCCGUCCGUCCAUUUCUCAGUACCGGGAGAACAGGAGGAAACAGUUCAGCCUAAAAAUUAAUAUUAUUAAUAUAAAAUGGCGCUGGGGGAGGGAAGGAAAAUUAUAAUAAUAAGCUAAAUUUGUGUCAUUUUGUAAAAAAAAUAAAAUAAAAAAAUAGAAGCCCAUGCUUUCUGAAACCCAACGGGACGGUGUCUGAUUGUAAUUUUUUUUAAAUUAAUAAAUAAAAGCACAAGUUUACUUUUAUAGA